UAUAAAUUUAAAGAUUCCCACCAGGUUAUUAAAAACUAUGCCCAAAUUUUUCUGAGAAUAUUGAGGAAUAUAUCUUACACACUCUUCACCAGGUGGAAGAAAGCAGCAUGCAGCAGGAAGAACACAUAUAAAUAAAAAGAUUGAAUAUUACUCACAAUUCCUUUUAGAGUAUCAGCAGCAACAAAAUGAGGAAAAAGAAAAAAUCAAAAAGCUCACAGCUCCUUCGCAUCCCCCUCGUCCAGGUCCAGGACAUAUGCCUCCUCCAUAUAUGCAUCCUCCUCCAAUGAACGGGCAGCAUAUGGGUUACCCUCCUCCACCGAUGGGUGGCCCUCACGGACCACCUGGUCCUGGUGGAGCAGGAUUCAUGCCUCCACCUCCUCCAGGCCCCGUUCCUAAUAACGGAAACGAUGGAAGCAAAGGAGAAAAUAGGGGUCAAGAACCAAGGCCGAUUCCAGAAAAUUCUCAAGCUUAUCCCCUUCCUCCAAGACAGAGCGUACCUGUAGAAGUAAAGAAAGAAGAAACAAAUGAAGAUAAGUUCAACCCUCUGGUGAACCUGAAUAUAUCAGCUGCCAAGAAGAUCGCAAGCAAGACAGAGUAACGAAAUUACUUAGCCCAAUCAAUGCUUCAAUUUUGA